AUGAUAGAUCUGAUGACGCUCAGGAUGAUAGAUCCAAUGACGCCCAGGAUGAUAGAUCCAAUGACGCUCAGGAUGAUAGAUCCAAUGACGCUCAGGAUGACAGAUCCCAUGACGCUCAGGGUGAUAGAUCAGAUGAUGCUCAGGAUGAUAGAUCCGAUGACGCUCGGGGUGAUAGAUCCAAUGACGCUCGGGGAUGAUAGAUCAGAAGAUGCUCAGGAUGAUAGAUCAGAUGGCGCUCAGGAUGAUAGAUUUGAUGAUGCUCAGGAUGAUAGAUCAGAUGACUCCCAGGAUGAUAGAUCUGAUGACGCUCAGGAUGAUCGAUCCGAUGACGCUCAGGAUGAUAGAUCCGAUUACGCUCAGGAUGAUAGAUCAGAAGAUGCUCAGGAUGAUAGAUCCGAUGACGCUCAGGAUGAUAGAUCCGAUGACGCUCAGGAUGAUAGAUCCGAUGACGCUCCGGAUGAUAGAUCUGAUGACGCUCAGGGUGAUAGAUCCGAUGACGCUCAGGGUGAUAGAUCAGAAGAUGCUCAGGGUGAUAGAUUUGAUGACGCUCAGGAUGACAGAUCCGAUGACGCUCAGGAUGAUCGAUCCGAUGAUGCUCAGGAUGAUAGAUUUGAUGACGCUCAGGGUGAUAGAUCCGAUGACGUCCAGGAUGAUAGAUCUGAUGACUCCCAGGAUGAUAGAUCUGAUGACGCUCAGGAUGAUAUAUCCGAUGACGCUCAGGAUGAUAGAUCCGAUGACUCCCAGGAUGAUAGAUCUGAUUACUCUCAGGAUGAUAGAUCAGAAGAUGCUCAGGAUGACAGAUUUGAUGAUGCUCAGGAUGAUAGAUCAGAUGACUCCCAGGAUGAUAGAUCUGGUUACGCUCAGGAUGAUAGAUCAGAAGAUGCUCAGGAUGAUAGAUCCGAUGACGCUCAGGAUGAUAGAUUUGAUGACGCUCAGGAUGAUAGAUCUGAUGACGCUCAGGAUGAUCGAUCCGAUGACGCUCAGGAUGAUAGAUCCGAUUACGCUCAGGGUGAUAGAUCAGAAGAUGCUCAGGAUGAUAGAUCCGAUGACACUCAGGAUGAUAGAUCCGAUGACGCUCCGGAUGAUAGAUCUGAUGACGCUCAGGAUGAUAGAUCAGAAGAUGCUCAGGAUGAUAGAUUUGAUGACGCUCAGGAUGAUAGAUCUGAUGACGCUCAGGAUGAUAGAUCCGAUGAUGCUCAGGAUGAUAGAAAUUAUGAUGCUCAGGAUGAUAGAUCCGAUGACGCUCAGGAUGAUAGAUCUGAUGACGCUCAAGAUGAUAGAUCCGAUGAUGCUCAGGAUGAUAGAUCCGAUGAUGCUCAGGAUGAUAGAUCCGAUGAUGCUCAGGAUGAUAGAAAUUAUGAUGCUCAGGAUGAUAGAUCCGAUGACGCUCAGGAUGAUAGAUCUGAUGACGCUCAAGAUGAUAGAUCAGAAGAUGCUCAGGAUGAUAGAUUUGAUGACGCUCAGGAUGAUAGAUCUGAUGACGCUCAGGAUGAUAGAUCCGAUGAUGCUCAGGAUGAUAGAAAUUAUGAUGCUCAGGAUGAUAGAUCCGAUGACGCUCAGGAUGAUAGAUCUGAUGACGCUCAAGAUGAUAGAUCCGAUGAUGCUCAGGAUGAUAGAUCCGAUGACGCUCAGGAUGAUAGAUCCGAUGAUGCUCAGGAUGAUAGAAAUUAUGAUGCUCAGGAUGAUAGAUCCGAUGACGCUCAGGAUGAUAGAUCUGAUGACGCUCAAGAUGAUAGAUCCGAUGAUGCUCAGGAUGAUAGAUCCGAUGACGCUCAGGAUGAUAAAUCCGAUAACAUACCGGAUGAUAGAUCCGAUGACGCUCAUGAUGAUAGAUCCGAUGACGCUCCGGAUGACAGAUCUGAUGACACUCAGGAUGAUAGAUCCGAUGACGCUCAGGAUGAUAGAUCAGAAGAUGCUCAGGAUGAUAGAUUUGAUGACGCUCAGGGUGAUAGAUCUGAUGACGCUCAGGAUGAUAGAUCCGAUGACGCUCAGGAUGAUAGAUCCGAUGAUGCUCAGGAUGAUAGAAAUUAUGAUGCUCAGGAUGAUAGAUCCGAUGACGCUCAGGAUGAUAGAUCUGAUGACGCUCAGGAUGAUAGAUCCGAUGAUGCUCAGGAUGAUAGAUCCGAUGACGCUCAGGAUGAUAAAUCCGAUAACAUACCGGAUGAUAGAUCCGAUGACGCUCAUGAUGAUAGAUCCGAUGACGCUCCGGAUGAUAGAUCCGAUGAUGCUCUGGAUGAUAGAUCCGAUGACGCUCCGGAUGAUAGAUCUGAUGACGCUCAGGAUGAUAGAUCCAAUGACGCUCUGGAUGAUAGAUCUGAUGACGCUCCGGAUGAUAGAUCUGAUGACACUCAGGAUGAUAGAUUUGAUGACCCUCAGGAUGAUAGAUCUGAUGAUGCUCAGGAUGAUAGAUCCGAUGACGCUCAGGAUGAUAGAUCUGAUGACCCUCAGGAUGAUAGAUUUGAUGACGCUCAGGAUGAUAGAUCAGAAGAUGCUCAGGAUGAUCGAUCCGAUGACGCUCAGGAUGAUAGAUCUAAUGACGCUCAGGAUGAUAGAUCAGAAGAUGAUGAUAGAUCCGAUGAUGAUCAGGAUGACAGAUCCAAUGAUGCUCAGGAUGAUAGAUAUGAUGACGCUCAGGAUGAUAGAUCCGAUGACGCUCAGGAUGAUAGAUCCGAUGAUGCUCAGGAUGAUAGAAAUGAUGAUGCUCAGGAUGAUAGAUCCGAUGACGCUCAGGAUGAUAGAUCCGAUGAUGCUCAGGAUGAUAGAUUUGAUGACGCUCAGGAUGAUAGAUCCGAUGACGCUCAGGACGAUAGAUCUGAUGAUGCUCAGGAUGAUAGAUCCGAUGAUGCUCAGGAUGAUAGAUCCGAUGACGUUCAGGAUGAUAAAUCCGAUAACGCUCCGGAUGACAGAUCUGAUGACACUCAGGAUGAUAGAUCCGAUGACGCUCCGGAUGACAGAUCUGAUGACGCUCUGGAUGAUAGAUCCGAUGACGUUCCGGAUGACAGAUCUGAUGACACUCAGGAUGAUAGAUCCGAUGACGCUCCGGAUGACAGAUCUGAUGACGCUCUGGAUGAUAGAUCCGAUGACGCUCCGGAUGAUAGAUCUGAUGACGUUCAGGAUGAUAGAUCCAAUGACGCUCCGGAUGAUAGAUCUGAUGACACUCAGGAUGAGAAAUAUAACACUAACAGGCACAUAGGUGCUAUCACUUAA